AUGCCGAGGAUCGCGGCGAAGCUCUCCAUGAUGAUGCUCAUGCCGCUCUGCCGCAUGGAGUUGCUGACGCUCGUCCCGACCAUCCCGAUCGUGCCGUCCAGCCGCCUGGAGUGGCUGCUUCGCGUCCCGUCCAUCCCGAAAAAGACCUGCAUGAUAGUGUCCGCGCCGUCCAGCCGCCUGGUGUGGCUCACGUUACCUGUCACGUCCAUCCCGAAGAAAAUCCUCAUGCCCACGCCCGUGCUACCGUGCCGCCUGGAGUGGCCAGCUUCGCUCCACCAGACCGUCCCGACGAAGAUCUACAUGAUGAUGCUCGGGCUGUCCUGCCGCCUGGUGCGGCUGCUGAUGCACGCCCCGAUGAAGAUCGACAUGGCUGGGUUGUUCCUGGUGCCCCGUGUCUUCGUCGAGCCGACCUUCUCCACCUCCGCUGCUGCAGCACAGCCCUCGCUGGGCUAG